AGUUCAGACGUGACGUGACGCCCCGGCGUACUUAUCGCACGUACGCGACUUUGUCAAGAUAAGUACUGGGUUCUGUCGCACCUGUGGCUACCUGAGGCGUCUGUCUACGUACCGUGCCGUGCUCGACAGGUAAGCGGACACCCGGCCCGAGCCAUGCCGUUUGAUCUGGCGGAGUUCAACGGUACCUGGCGGCUGAGCAGACAUGAGAACUACCGCGAGUUCCUGAGAAAGAUAGGAAUACCAGAAGAAUGUGUCGCAGGUGCACUGGAGGUAACAACGGAGGCGGAAGUGACGCAAGAAGAUGACGUCAUCACGUGGACCGGUACGACAGGUGCCCAGAAGGCAGUCAGCAGCUUCCGGUUAGGAGAAGAGUUCGAGGAGGAGCAUCUUGGCGGGAAAAAGAAGGUGAUGUACAGAUGGGAGGAGAACAGUCUGGUGUCCAGCUACCAGGACUGGGACGGCACGGGGUUAAAGGUCACCAUAACCAGACAACUACAAGGAGACACGCUAGACUUGACUAUGACUGCCGGUGACGUCACAUGUCACGUGCAGAGCGUGCGGUGCUGACGCCUGUUCAAGGUCAUCAUUCCGUUCGAAGGUCAAACAGGGUGAAAGGUCAGGUUCAUAGUGACUGUUCAGACCUCGUCUACUGAUAGCUAACAAUUGAACUUGUGCGCCAAAAGUUUACCGAAAGUAAGGAUUGAUCAUGAACUGAACUCUGGAAAAGUGUGGGGAAUUUGGAGACAUGGUUGUUGUACAAUAUGUAUUAAAAGACUAACGUUGUACUGUACCUACUAACGUAGGCUAGUCAGAACCAUCCAUAGUAAUGCAAUCAAAUGUUUAUAUAUACCUAAAUUCAUAUGAGUAAUUGCGUAUUGCUGUUGUGUUAAAUGUAUGUAUUAAUAUUACUAAAUCGUACAAACAAGCUUGCUAUGUCAUGAAGUAAACCACGCAAUGUACUUGUAUCUAUCUGUACAUACAAAUGUAUAUACGUAAUACAUGGUAUAUAUGAGAGAUAAAACUACGUACCCACCAUCUUCGACAAACGUUUAUAUCACAGCCAAAAUGUUAUUGGAUUUUGAUACUGUAAAUGUCGUGUAACCGUAUAGUGGGUGAUUCACGUAUAAUCGUGUUUUAUGUAAAUACUGCACAGUCGUGUAAUACUUGAUGUAAUUUCGAGUUGUUGAUAUAUCAAAAGCGAUCUAGAGUGGUCUUUAUAUUGACACAA